ACUUAUACAUACAUGUAUCAAUAUCAUUAAACCUUAGAGGAGUUAACAUUGAACACAAACACAUACACACACAGAGAUGGAUGGUAAAUUAGUGAGAAAGCUGAGACCAUAUUUGGCUGUAAUAUUGUUGCAGUUUGGGUAUGCAGGUUUAGGUAUAAUAGCAAAGUCAGCUCUGGACAAGGGAAUGAGUCAUUACACCUUUGCUGUCUACAGAAAUAUCGCCGCUGCGGUUGUUGUAGCACCUUUUGCCUUUGCCUUCGAGAGGAAAAUCAGGCCAAGAAUGACGCUCUCCAUUUUCGUCAAAAUAUUCCUUCUUGCUCUAUUGGAGCCUGUGAUAGAUCAAAACUUGUACUACAUUGGGCUGAAAAUCACAACAGCUACAUUUGCAGCGGCUAUGUGUAACACUGUUCCAGCCCUCACCUUUCUAUUAGCAUGGCUCAUGAGGCUCGAAAGCGUGAACGUGAGAAGACUGCACAGCCAGGCAAAGAUUAUGGGAACUAUAGUAACUGUAGGUGGAGCAAUGAUAAUGACUAUUGUAAAAGGCUCAAUUAUAGAAUUGCCAUGGACCAAAGGAAACACCAACUCCACAUCUAUUGCUCAAGACAAUGAUCCCCAACAAUUUAUCAAAGGAGCUAUGAUGAUCGGAGCUGCUUGUGUCUGUUGGUCCUUUUUUUACAUUCUACAGGUCUACAUAGAUAUAUCAUCCAUCAUCUUUCAUUUUAUUUUAAUUUUUUUUUUUAAUUUUAUCUUUGUUUCAUUACAGGCGAUCACAUUGAAGUCGUACCCAGCUGGACUUUCCCUCACCGGCCUGAUAUGCAUGCUCGGAGCAUUGCAAGGGACAGUGCUCACUCUCGUGGUCACGAGAGGCAAUGCUCAGAUCUGGUCUAUUGGAUGGGACACCACACUUCUAGCUUCUGUUUACUCUGGGCUGAUCUGUUCUGGAGUUGGCUACUAUGUAUCAGGAGUGAUCAUGAAGGAGAAAGGCCCUGUUUUUGUUACUUCAUUCAAUCCUCUAAACAUGGUGAUUGUUGCAGUCAUGAGUUCUUUCAUCCUCGCAGAGCAGCUCAACGUUGGGAAGGUAACAGGAGCCACGGUGAUUGUAAUUGGGCUGUAUCUAGUUAUAUGGGGGAAGACACGAGAUCAGAGCAUAUCGACCUAUCCUCAGUCGGAGCUUAACCAUCAAUCACUAGAGAAUCAGACCUCCAACACGAUUGUCACCAAGGCAAUUUCUGGCGACAGUGUUGUUUAAGAGGAACAAGUUUUGUAAUAAAAUAGAUAUAUACCAUAUAUGUAGAUUAAGAAAAUAAAUACACCAGGCUUAAUCAAACAUUUAUGGAGAACGUAACAACGAGAUUUUCCAGCAACAGUUUUAAGAUACUAAUGUGACAGAAACGAACAUGUUGCUGCUAGAGGUUCUGCCUACAAUAGCUUCAAACAGAAAAACGAGGAUUGCAAGAUUGCACAUCUAAACGACAGAAAAUGCUUAGAUAGAUACGCUGUACCUGAUGGAGAUCAGCUCUUCUGAUCUACCCAGUUUGCAGAUUGUAACAAGAGCUGCAUUGAGACAGACAUUAAUAUCUAAACUUAGAAACAGAAUAUCUAAGUAAUCCAAAUAUUAGAUUACUAUUGCAA